UCGCGAGCGCCAGCCGCGUGGUGCCAUGGAGCCCGUACCACCAUUGUACAAGCCCCUGCUGCACAGCAGAAUUGUUUCAGCCUGCGUAUCUGUAGCGGUGAUUGCGGUGCUCUUCUACUGCGCACGGAUGCUGACCCGCACGAUUCGUGCCUACGCUUGCCUAUGGAACAUUCCGCAUCCGUACGAGCGCUUUCCUUUCUGCUUGCUCCUGGAUCUGUGGCAACGCGUCGCCUCGAUGGACUCGUCGCUCGAAGUACCAGCCAAAAUAUUCAACUAUUUGGAUUCAGUGUUUUAUCAAAUCCAUGACCAGGACGUUACGGUUGCCUUCUAUGGCCCCAAGCCAUUUCUAAUCGCCGUGACCCCCGACACUGUUGAGCGGGUGCUGUCAAGCACAGAGAAUGUAAACAAGUCAUUCCUGUACGCCAUGUUAAAAAGCUGGGUAGGCAAUGGCCUGUUGACAAGCGAGAAGGCGAUAUGGAAGACACGCAGGAAGGUGCUCACACCGGCGUUCCACUUUCGCAUCCUCGACGAGUACGUGCCCAUUAUGAACCGAAGGGCGGCCCUGCUGUGCGACAAGCUGGCCGCGCUGGGAAGGGACCACUUCGACGUGCUACCAGUGAUGAGGAUUGCGACAUUCGGCAUUCUUUUCGAGACUGCUAUGGGAAUAAAGCUUGACGAAGAGGAUGUCAAGAAAACUGGAUUCCUGAAAGUGAACGACGAAAUUGCUACGGCUAUCGUUACGAGGAUGAUGAAUAUACACCACUGGCCGGAAUUCAUUUACAAGCGCACCGAGGUUGGCAGAAAAUUUUAUGAGAAAGUGGAGCUGAUAAAGAAAUACACUCGAGAUAUCCUCAGCUGCCGCAAGAAGACCUACAAUAUUGAAGGCGGCGAGGCUGUGCAGAAGAAGAGUUUCAUGGACAUCCUUCUUCGCAUGCACAUGGAGGAGGGAAUCUUCACGGAAGAGGAAAUAAGAGAGGAGGUCAACACAUUCAUGAUUGGGGGAUUCGACACAACUGCAACGGCAGCUUCUUUCGCUAUGCACCUACUGGGAAACCACCCGGAGGCUCAGUCGAAGGUUCACGAAGAACUAGACGCCGUGUUUGGCUCUGACCGAGAACGACCUGUAACCAGAGAGGACAUUGCACAGCUAAAGUACUUGGACUGCGUCAUAAAGGAAACCCUUCGGCUUUACCCACCGAUUCCGGCUAUUGCAAGGAAGCUCGGAGAAGACCUCAUUCUUGGAAAGCAUACAAUACCGAAGGGAACCGUCACAAUCAUCUUCAUAUACUUCAUGCAUAGGCACCCACGGUUCGUACCCAAACCGAACGACUUUACACCAGAGAGGUUCCUAGAGUUCGACAAGGAACGCCACCCGUUUCUCUACAUCCCUUUCGCCGGCGGCGCUCGCAAUUGCAUAGGGCAAAAAUUUGCUCAGCUGGAGGACAAGAUUCUUUUGGCUCAGAUCCUGAGACGGUUCAAGGUGGAAUCGAAGACCCGUAGCGAAGACCUGCAGAUGUCGCUAGAGCUCGUCUUGCGUCCCACACAAGGCCUGCACAUAAAGCUGACGCCAAGGAAUCACGCGAUAAUGCGGAAAAGAAAGGAGGCACUGAAGGCCAAAGGCGCCGAGAAGGACUACACAGGGUCUUUCUUGGAUAUCCUUCUUCAAAUGCAUUUGGAGGACGGAUCAAUCACGGAGGAGGAAGUCCUCGACGAAACAGUCACAAUAUUUGCCGCGGGCUAUGAUACCACCGCUGCACUAGCCUCUUACUGCCUUUACCUGCUGGGAAACUAUAGAGAUGUUCAAGUUGCGUUACAUAAUGAGAUCGACAGAAUUUUCGGAGAUGACGUACACCGGCCUGUAACUACUGAUGAUUUGAGGAGCAUGAGGUAUCUGAGCUGCAUCAUAAAGGAAACAUUGCGGCUUUAUCCAUCGGUUCCUAUCAUGGGACGUUACAUAGAAGAGGAUAUGAAAAUUGGAACCCAACUGAUACCGAAGGGAACAAUGGCCUUGGUUCUCAUCUAUUUCUUGCAUCGCCACCCCCGUUUCCACAAGAAUCCAAGUUGUUUCACACCCGAGAGGUUUCUAAGUGAAGUUUCACGUCCUCCACAGUACGCCUACAUGCCUUUCUUUGGUGGACCAAGGAACUGCAUAGGUAUUAGCACUCUUUUUCAUCUCGCGGCCUUGGAAACUAACAAUGAAUUUUUCAACUAUAUUGGAGAUGUCAUUUCCAAGAUACACGAGGAAGAGGUAACUAUUGCAUAUUACGGUCCUCAGCCAUUUCUCCUCGGUAUUUCACCGACAGUGUUCGAGCACGCAGUUCAGGACCAGGAGUCCCUACGCCUGUACCCACCAGUUCCUCUCAUCGCUCGGAACAUAGAUGAAGACGUGCACAUCGGAAAACACACUAUUCCAAAAGGAACGGUUGCAGUAUGUGCCAUUUAUUUUUUGCAUCGACAUCCUAAUGUCUACAAGGAACCGAACGCAUUCAUGCCGGAAAGGUUCAUGGAGACUGAGAACGUCAGCCCCUUCGCUUACGUUCCCUUCUCCGCUGGAUCCAGGAAUUGUAUUGGCCAAAGGUUUGCCCAACUGGAGGAGAAAAUUAUGCUGGCCCACAUCCUAAGAAACUUCAGUGUGGAAUCCCUGGUACCCAAGGAGGAGCUUCAGCUGCAACUAGAAAUAGUACUAAGGCCUCUGCAGGGAAUACAACUGAAGCUGACACCUCGCCAAUGUAGGUCUCACCAUUAAGUUUUCGUUAAGAGAUUUGCGAGGUCAGUUACAGGACAAAGGUUAUUUCCUGUGUUUCCAACCUCAGUAAUAAGGUCGAAUAAACGUCGCCCGCUAUCGCCAGUGGCCAGUACAACUUUCUACAA